UCCAGAAUCUGCCGGCUCGAGGAAAGAUGGUGAAGCUCUUCUGUGCGAUCGUUGGUGCGGCGGGAACCGCGUUCUCAGUGCGAGUGGACGAGAGCGACUCGGUGGAUGACUUGAAGGAUGCGAUCAAGGCGGAGAAUACAGCGACGAUCACGUGCGAUGCCAAGGACCUGAAGCUCUUCCUGGCGAAAAAGGAGAAAGGCGCCGGCGCAUGGCUGACGGAGGCAGACGUGAAUGACGGCGUGAAUGACACCGAUGGCUUCACGCCGUUGGACGUUGUAGGAGCUCCUCUCAACUUGGUUGGCUUGUCGGGAACAGACGUGCAGUUCACACCCACGAUUGAAGAUGUCAAGGCUAAAAGUACCCCUGUUCACGUGCUGGUGGUGGUUCCGGAGGGGGCAGUUGGUUCAGCGAGCGAGGUUUCCGGGAUGGAUCAAGUGAUCCAAGAGGUUCACGAAAUUCACGCGCAAACUGUGCUAACCAAGCGCAAGACAUAUGUCCACUCGAAGAUGGGCUCAACCGAGUACGAGGAACUUCUGGACGUCUUCAAGAUAAAGGUGGUGCCUGUGCGUAAAAAAAAUGCAAGGUGGCGCGAAGAAGUCGAGGGGUUCACGUGGGACAUGAAUCACACCGAGGAUAAGCAGAAAAAUGAAUAUCGCAAGUAUGUUGAGGACAAUAUUGGCGAGGAUCUCCGGGCGAUGAAGCUUUGCGUGUUCGGUGUGGAAAAUACGACGGAUAUUCUCCGAGUUGCUGUCGAGGGUUCCAACAUUGAGCUCCGGGGUCGCACUGAUCUGCUUAUACUUAGUGAUAUCGUCAUGGAGAGUGCGGAUUAUGUCCACGACUUGCCUGAAGUGAGGAUGCUGAUUGCAGUGAAGAAAACGGUUGAAAGACGUUCUGUCUUCCAGGCGAUGUCAGAGCUUAUUGCUCUGGAACUGAUGACUACCGACCAAGUGUUCGCCCUGCUUACUGACUUUAACGACGAUUGGCGGUUCUUCUGGGUUGCCGGAAAGGAAAACAAUAUCACUGUCGUGAACAGAGUGACCAUUACGAAUCCAGGUGAAGCAUUCGGAUUGAUAAGGCAGCUGCUGAGUCCUAAUGCUACUACGGAUAUUACGACCUCAGUGCUCCAAGACCCUGUGAAGCGUCAGAAGCUAUCCCGGGUGCUGCCGUCAAUCAGCGAGGCUGGUGGAAGUGGCGGGAUUUGUGAGAGUAUCGAACGAUACUAUGACAUCGCCAGCUGCUUGGGCCCCGACUUUGACAUGGCGCGAGCUGUGGCUAGACAGGUCACUCGAUCUAUUCCCACGUUGAGUUAUUUCAGUUAAUAAUAGCUUUGACAUGCUUCAUUAAGUUUUUUUUUAUUCCUGAUAAAUAUAAA